AUGACUGGUCACACAAUCAUGCUCUCCAUGUCUAGGUGUUCUUCAUUAGCGCUAUGUGUGCUCCUUGCCACCAGCUGCCUGAUGCUAGCCGGUUGCUCCUCCGAGUCGUUGCCAACGACAAGCGAUGAUCUUCACCGUGAGCGCUCCGGCAUCAGCACCGACGACCACCAUGAUCUGAUGAUGGGCCGUUUCCACGUGUGGAUGACGGUGCAGAACAGAUCCUACUCCACCUCCGACGAGAAGGCUCGUCGGUUUGAGGUAUACAAGAGCAACAUGAGGUACAUACAGGCUGUGAAUGCUGACGCGACUACCUCUGGGCUCACGUACGAGCUUGGGGAGGGUCCCUUCACAGACCUUACAGAUGAAGAGUUCAUGGCGCUUUAUACCGGGCAGAUUCCGGAGGAUGACGAGCAGAUUAUCACCACCCGUGUUGGCCCUGUCAAUGGCGCGGGCACAUAUGAGGGUGUCAUCGCCAACUUCUCGGCCAGGGCACCGAGUAGCGUGGACUGGAGGAAGAGAGGCGCCGUCACCCCGGUUAAAGACCAAGGGGAAUGUGGAUCUUGCUGGGCAUUCGCCGCUGUGGGUGCAAUCGAAGGACUACACAAGAUCAAGAGAGGGUCCCUCGUGUCUCUGUCGGAGCAACAACUAGUAGACUGCGAUUUCUUUGACGGCGGUUGCAACGGCAGCCGGGCUAGCAGAGCUUUCCAGUGGAUCCAACAAAAUGGAGGGAUCACCACCACAUCCUCCUACGGAUACAAGGCAGCCACUGGUCGGUGCAGAACGAACCGUAAGCCGGCCGCAAAGAUCACUGGCUCCGGGAGAGUCGAGGGCAACAACGAGGUGUCGCUGAGGAACGCCGUGGCUAACCGACCUAUAGCCGUUUCGAUCGCGUCAAGUGGAAGCCAUUUCCACCACUACAAGGGAGGCAUCUUCAACGGGCCAUGCAGCACCACAAAACUGACCCAUGCCGUCACCGUAGUAGGCUAUGGGCGACAGGCACAAGAUGGUGCCAAGUAUUGGAUCGUGAAGAACUCGUGGGGGGUGACAUGGGGCGACAAAGGUUACAUGCUAAUGAAGAGGGGCACAACGAAUCCAUCAGGUCAGUGUGGCAUUGCGACACGCCCAGUCUUUCCCCUUAUGAAAGUAAGAGAAUCGACUGAUUAA